AUGAUUUUCCUUUACUCAAAGUUGAAAUUCAAAUAACUCUAUCAGCAUAAAUAAUCAUCAAUCUAAUUUAAUAACAAAUUGUAAGAAUGGAUGAAUACACAAUAAAUAAAAUAACAAAAAAACAACCUGCAAAGAUAAAAUUAAUAGAAGGCAAGGUUUAAGAAAUUGAAAAAUGUGAACAUUGAUAUUUUGAUAUUAAUGGAAUCAAAAUUAUUAAAUGAUAACUAGGGCUCAUUAGCAUUCGUUGGCAAUAGUGAUGCAAAAGUUAUUUGUAUAAAACCAAGGAUACAUUCAUAUACAUAUCCAUAAAAAACGAUCACAUCCUGUUAUGGAUUAAUAGAAGAUUAUUAAUUUAAAUAAAAUGAGAUUUGCUUCGCAAUCCCUCUUGAUAAAAGUUUUUUAGCAUUUAGAUGA